UUUUGUUUGAUGUUUUUAUUGCUAAAGUCACUAGUCUUUAUUGAGGAUCUCAUUGUACUGUGUAAACUUAAAAAUAUUUUUUUGUUGAACGUAGACUAAAGUAAAUCAGUAAAUCUUUGAAUGCUAAGACUGACAUCAUAUCACUUACACUAGCAUAAGAUUCAACAUGUACAGCACAGAGAAUGGUUGGAAUAAAUCAAAAAUUAACCUUGAUUUGGACAUUUGGAAAUUUAUUUGCAAUUAAAUUAAUUAAUUGCUUGACAUCAAAGGCUAAGAAUGUCAAAUUUAGUUACCGUAACCUGAAGCGAGGAAACUUGAAUGUGAGGGUCUUUUCAUUAUGUAGUUCAGUUUGUGAUGUGCACAGCUACCUCUAGGUGUCGCUGUUGCAUUAACAGUAGGGGUGCCUUACCAGUUUAGAGAUUUUCAGAUGGAUUUUUUGCCUGUUUGUGAUAAUCAUUUUUCUCCUUCUUUUUCUCUCUUCAUUAACCCAACGCUGCCGAGAUGAAUGUCCACUCACCUGAACACCUUAAAUGGAUUAAGUGGUUUUGAGAAUGCUACGUUGAUUACUGCUGGCUGGCUAACAAGUUGGAUCCCUUCGUGGCGCCCUACUUCCAUGUCACUGCUGAAGAACGCAGAAGCCAAAAUCCUUUCCUGCAUUUGCAGUGAGCUUGUGGCUCGCUUCAUAUCUCUUCCAACCCAGGACAAAAUCUGGACUUUAAUGGUGUGUAACAAAAGAAAAAAUCUAGAUGCCACAGAACAGAGUUCCGCCAAUCACUCACCCCUUGUCCUUAUGCAUGGAUUUGGAGGUGGCGUAGGCCUUUGGGUGCAAAACCUUGAUGCCUUGUGUCGACGGCGUGCCGUGUAUGCGUUUGAUCUGCUUGGAUUUGGGAGGAGCUCGAGGCCGACUUUCAGCACAGACCCCAGUGAGGCAGAGGAUCAGUCAGUGAAUGCAAUUGAGGAAUGGAGAAAAGCUGUUGGAUUGGACAGUAUGAUCCUUCUGGGGCACAGUUUGGGAGGAUAUCUGGCUGCUUCCUAUGCCAUACAACACCCCCACAGGGUACGCCACUUGAUCCUGGUUGAUCCUUGGGGUUUCCCGGAGCGUCCACAAUCCCAAGAAAGUCAAGACAAUGGGAAUUCUGUCAAACGGAAUGGGCCACCGCGCUGGGUCAAGGCAGUGGCUACUGUUUUGUCUUAUUUCAAUCCUCUAGCAGUGCUACGAAUCGCGGGCCCCUGGGGCCCUGGUCUGGUGCAGCGGUUUCGACCAGAUUUCAAGCGAAAGUUUGAGGAACUGUUUGAUGAUGAUACCAUGACGGAAUACAUCUACCACUGCAAUGCACAGACCCCCAGUGGCGAAAUUGCGUUUAGAGCCAUGUCAGAGUCCUUGGGCUGGGCCAAGCGCCCCAUGCUGGCCCGAAUUCACUUGAUAGCACGUGAGGUUCCAAUCACUUUGAUUUAUGGGGCCCAGUCUUGGGUUGACGGCAGCACAGGUGACCGUGUGAGGGACCUACGACCGGGAAGUUAUGUCAACAGCGUGACUAUAAAAUAUGCUUCGCACCAUGUUUAUGCAGAUGCACCAGAAGAAUUUAACCAGAUUGUUGAAGAGAUCUGUGAUUCUGUGGACCAUACAGCAAGCCAUACCUUGUGAUUCAUGGAGCAAAAGGUUUAGAAGCACAGUGAAUGCCCACAUUAAGCCCAGCUGUCAAAUUGAAGUGGAGAACAUGGGGCUCUGCAUGAGUUUGUGACUAUCAGCUGGGCAUCAUUCAUCAGGAUAGGGGUCGGGGAUAGAAAAUAUGGCUAUCCGUACCAAGAUGAUUGUUGGUGCUCCCUUCUUAAAGGUGACCCAAGGUCUUUGAGCUAGAAGAUUACUUUAGCUAUGGGUUAUUGCAUCUUCUCCAGUUAGACCAUAACCCCACAAAUCUCAGUCCUUGAGCUCCACCUCAAGGGGGACACCGCCUUUCCUUAUCAUUCGCCAUUCAUGAAUCAUGUUUUGGGAAGGACAGUGUUUCUAACAAAAUACCUUGAGUCUGGCUUAUUUAUCUAGGUGUACCUUGGUGGACAGUUUUCCUUAAGUCUGAAAAAACUAUGAAAAAAGUAAUUUGCAUUUUUUUUCUUAGCAAUGUGAAAGCAUUCAUUUCUGAAACAAUGCAGUCAUGAUAUUAAUAUAAUAUUUACUUUAAAGGAUAAGUUAAGUAUUUUUCAAGUCAAAGUUAUUUCACAAUUAUG